CAAAAACUCAUUCAUAAAUAAGUAAGCAUACAAUCACUCAAAAAAGGAUAAAGAAAGCAAAAAAAAAAAACAAAAUGGAGAAAGUAACAACCAUUUUCGUCGUCCUUUUCCUGAUCUCGUCAUGUAUGAUAAUGAGGAGUGAAGGUCAGUUUCGUUGUGAGAAAGCCAGUGACUGUGAUCCGCGUGGUUGCAGACUAGAUACACAUGUAAUAUGUAAUGAAAGGCACAAGUGUACGUGUGCUCAUGGCGCUCCUCUUGGCGGUGAAUGUGACACAGUCACUGACUGUUAUCUUUCUGGGUGUCCACCAUUUACAUCUGUUCGCUGCAUUGGACACGUUUGCGGAUGUUAUUCCUAAUGGUUAGAUUAAGGGGUUGUUUCAUAAACAUUUCAUUUUUGUAUGAAGUUAACAUUAAACCUAAAAAACUUAUUAUAUCUU